GCUCUCUUCAGUGGAUGCAAAGCAGCAGCAGGAAGGAUUGAAUUCAUCUUCAGGACAACUGCUGUGACAGUUCCCAGAGACCAGCGGACACAAGUGAGGACUCACUCGCCUCGGCUGCUCGCUGGAGGACGGACGUGGAGGAAGACAAGGGAGGCAGGUGUUGCCUCGGCGGUGGAUGGAGGAAGCUCGGACGCUGCAGAGUGACCCUCGCUGACCACUGAGACCCACCGCAGCAGAGGAGAUGGAGGCGAAAACCCGAAGCAUGCCCUCAGACAUCAGCUUCCUGCCGCGGCCGGCGUUAGUCUGGUGCGAGCGCGGCAUCCAGGUGCUGCUGACCACCAUGGGGGCCUUCGCAGCCUUCGCCCUGAUGACCGUUGCCAUCGGCACCGACUACUGGCUCUACGCCCGAGCGUUCAUCUGCAACAGCACCGCUAACUCCACGCAGGACGACAACAACAACAACAACAAGGACAAGAAAGAUCCCGGGGCCCUCACCCACUCUGGACUCUGGAGGAUCUGCUGUCUGGAAGGUCUGAAGCGAGGCGUGUGCUCCCAGAUCAAUCACUUCCCCGACGACGCCGACUACGACCAAGAUGCGGCCGAGUAUCUGCUGCGUGUGGUCCGAGCAUCCAGUAUCUUCCCCAUCCUCAGCGCCAUCCUGCUCUUACUCGGCGGGGUGUGUGUUGCGUCCAGCAGCUUCUACAAGAGCAAAAGGAACAUCAUUCUUGGUGGGGGGAUUCUCUUCGUGGCAGCAGGUCUCAGCAACAUCAUCGGAGUGAUCGUCUACAUCUCGGCGGCUCUGAGUGACAUUUCGCCCAAAAAAGAUGAGGAUAAAAAAUGGCACUACUCCUACGGCUGGUCCUUUUACUUCGGAGGUCUGUCCUUCAUCCUGGCUGAGAUGGUCGGCGUACUCGCGGUUAAUAUCUACAUCGAGAAGAACAAAGAGUUGCGCUGCCGGUCCCGUACCGACCUUUUCAAGAGCACCACUCACGCCAUGCUGCGGCUCCCCAGUUACCGAUUCAGGAGACGCUCUCGUUCCAGCUCCCGCUCCACUGACCCACCUCAUUCGCAAGAGACCUCACCGGUCGGCGCCUCUAAGACCUUCAGCCUUCCGCCGUCUGCGCCACCUUUCUCAGUUGCCACGCUUCCAAACCCUCACCAUAAAAGCAGUGGAGGAAGUGGUGGCGGUGGGGACAUCUCCAUGUACACGCUGUCUAGAGACUCAAAGCUAGGCAGCCUCGGUGGUGGGGCCCCUCCUCUCUACGGCACCGUAGACCGCGCCACCCUCUACCAGCUCCAUAACUACUUCCCCAAGGAUUCCAGCAGCAGCUCUGGAGGAGGUGGAGCGGCCGGGAUCGGGAGUGGUACGCUUCCUUCACACUCCAAAUCAAACCUGGCAGCCGCGGCAGCCGCCCAGAAUGCUGCGCCGUUAAAUACGUCCACAGCGGCUGCUGCUCCCACCCAGCAGCCCCCGAUAUCAACGGCAACUAUGGAGCGGGAGCGAGGGAACGUCGGAACCCUGGACCGACUGACGGCAAAAAGGGACAGGGAUAGCAACUCAGAUACCCUAAACAGAAAGACGACGCCGGUUUAAAGGUGGACUUUAAACGCGGUGAAAGGUCUGUUUGACAUUUGAACGGGAGAUUCAUCAGCAGUGAGCCCGACCCGGAGUCUGUCGUGACUAGCUGCCAUAAAUUAUGACCAGUCAUGCGAACCCCGGCAGCUUCUCCCUUUGGAAUGGCUGAUGCCUUCCUUGGCUAACAGUUUAGACAGUACAGAGAGAAUACUGGUUUUUGACACACCCCUCACUAUCACAACCUUCAUAAACAGUGUCAAAAUCAAGGCAAGUCAGGCCCCGCAUCACUUUCUGCGGCCCAGUACAGUUGGCCUGAGCUUAAGUUUAUUCAAGGCACACGUUGACCAGAGUGGUCUUUCACACUGUUUGGGGUUUUGAGAAAUUUGAUCAUGGUGAUUUGAGAACUCAAGACCAUCUUGUGUCUUUUACUUGACCCAAGAGCACAUCGGUGAACUGGGAGCACAUAAGACUGAUGCUUCUUUUGGCGAAUUUAUGAUGCUCAUUUAAGGUACUCUUUCAACGAUUCCAUUACUUUCUUGCCAAGACUCAAGUUCAAACUCUUAUUUGCUGCACCUUGACCACGCCCCCUUUGUUGGGAUUGGUCAAGGCCGGAAAGUUUAACACCGAUGCAGGGGACAGCCUAUUCUCAUGGCGUAAUAUAUUGCCGGCUUCUGCGAUUGAUACAUGUUUUAAUGGAGUACAUCGGGAUCUUUCUUUUGUGCUACGCAGUACCUGCAUCCCACGGAACGGCGGAACACGUGCUUCAAAUGAAUGCCUGAUGCGUCAAUAUGCAACGCUGAAGGAUGCCUUCGGCGUCAGUGCAGGGCGUAAAACUUCACUUCCCAACGUCAGUGUAUUACGCCAUGGGAGUGAGGAUGGGUUUCUGGGGAGACACAUCAUCGUGCAACAUAGAGCUGAACUUAUUCCCUUGUGACGUAGAAAACACAAUCUGCCUGGCUCAAACAAAACAGGGUGCGUCCGCAUGAAUACACUUUGACAGUCGUCCAAGAGGCAGAUAGCAAGGUUCACAUGACUGAUCCAGACUUGAUAUUCAGGCGACUGCCGGGCGGCUGCUGCUGGGUCUCUCCACAAAGGGCUGCAAAUAUUGUCGACAUGGAGGGGGUCCGUUCAGGUUACACUCAGGGGGGUGGAGAUCUCGAUACAACCUGAUCAAUAUCUCACGUCAGUAUAAAGCAUUAGCCAUUGUAUCACACUAACCUCUUUACGUAGGCCUGGAAAAAAAAAGCACAUUGUGGAUAGUGAUUAUUUAUCUUGAUAGUGUUUAUAACAAUCCAGUCAAGUGUGUUGUAGUAUUUGUGUUUCGGACUGAAAACGUUCCUGUUCUGAAUCUUAAUAUUAGACGUGAGCAAGUUUAAAAAGUGCUUCUGUGUUUUGAGACGCUGUCUGAUGGUGGGACGUGAGCGGGUUCGGCAGUCGGACGCGCAACUGCCUCGAGUCUACGGUUUAUUUUCCUCAUUCAGCUCAGACCAGUAAAUGUUUGAGGAAUAAAAAUGAAGAUUCCAACUCCGAAACAUCAUGACCAGCUAAUUACAUAAACCAACGUGUUUGCUAGUGAGAGGCUGAUGAAGCUUCGUGAUGCUUCAUUUCCAGAGCCCAGAAGAGGGCACUUUAUGCUCAAUCCUUUAUUGGAAAUGAAACCAGGUUUAAACCAAGAGCGCCUCCCAGUGCUCGCUGAAAAUGAGGACACUGCUUCAUGAAGCUUCAUUGGGUUUUUCCUUGAUCAACUCUGACCUCUGCAGACUGGGAACUCCUCACAGGAGGCAGUUACAUAUUCAUAUAAUAUAAGGAGAACCUACACACGAUGUUCUGUGUGGACAGGAUCACAUCUAUUGCUCGCUUAAACUGAAUGUCAAACUUUUAAUAGGUGUCAAACCUGCGCAGGGGAGAAUUCUUCUAGGAGGCGCGGAAAGAGCGAAGCCGGUGCUAAAGAGUUACAGACCUUCAUUUAGGCUAUCAUAUUCAAGUGACUUGACACUGAAGUAGCACAGUGAAGCAUAAGGCAAAUAUACUCUUCUGGCAGCAGCAUGUCCCACUCACCACCUACCAUCACUUUCCUCCCUAGUUCCUGGGAUCCAGCUUUGUUUCUGUAGCUCCACCAUUCCAAAAGGCAUCACUAGAGCCCUCAGCUAAAAACGUACACCGUGAACUGUGUGCAGAACAUCCCUGUAUAGCCGGGACUGAGCACGUCCAUAGAAGCGCCCGUACUGCUCCUGAGUGGCCAUUUUCGGUUCAACAAGAUUGUGUCUCGUAGAGUGUGUUAACGUUGCAGGUGAGUCUAUGAAGUGCAGGGUAUAAAUCUGUGUUUUUUUAUUUCUAUGAGGACUGUUUAUGCGCACUGCUUUUGGGCAUCAUCAACCCGCGGUGAGAGGGUGAACUCAUUGAAAUUGCUUUCACUCUUAAUAGGAUACAAUUGGCGACAAAGUGUCAACACACAAUGGAGGGCAUGAACCCUAGAACAACAGGGAUUCCAUUUCAGCUUUCAUGAUUUUUCUGGGAAAUGGAAAAAUACUGAAGAGAAAUGAGGAUUGUGAAUUCAUCCCGGCCGCACCAAAGACCAGAAGAUUAGGACAUUGGACAUGUGCGUCUUAGAAUCAGGACGACAGAACCUAGGACUUAUUUAAGUGUGGACAUCACCUAUGGUCAUGAACUGCCAAUCUCAGAGAUAGGGUGAGGAGCUCUUCUACACUGAGAGGAGCCAGCUGAGGCGGCUCGGGCAUCUGUUUUGGAUGCUUCCCUGUCGCCUCGCAAGAGGGGUGUUCCGGGCAUGCCCCCUUGGGAAGAGGCCUUGGGGAUGACCCAGGACUCGCUGGAGGGACUGUCUCUCUCGGGUGGCCUGGGAACGCCUCCUGGAUGAGGUGUGUGAGGACAGGAAAGUCUGGGCAUCCCUGCUCAGACUGCUGCCUCGGCGACCUGGUCCCAGAUAAGCAGGAGAAGAAGAAGAAACAUACAGUGGGGCUGACGUAUUCACAGGGGUUAGAAGUGGAAGAGGGACGGGUGAUCAAGGAAAACUGGACAAAGUGAAGCUACUGUGGAAGACAUAGCGAACACGCAUGACCGUCUGUUUACAUGGAACGAGGGACGCAGGUACUAUCCACUAUUUAGCGCUGACUCAGUCAAAAAUAAUACUCCAGUAUGUUUGAUAUGCCUUGAAUCAGUGGUGAAUCGAUGGGUUUUCUCUGCAAAUGUGUAGUGGAUAUGAUCUUCAAUCCCAAAUAGGUGACCCACUAUAUCUCGAAAAGAAUUUGAAUUGAGGACAAAAAACAAUAAAUUCUACAGAGUGCAGACAGAAAAAAUACCACGGUCUGUCAAGAAAAGAAGCAAAUAGCUACUGUCGUCUUCCUGAGGUAGGUAGAGAACUGUCAGAGAUUUGGAGUAGAGUUUUCUCUCGUUCAAUCCUCUUUGUGCUUGUUUCCUGGAUGAAUUUCAAUUCAUCCAGGAAUUCAAUUCUCUUUUUUCUUAUAUUCCGUCACCAGAGCAAGUCCUCCUCUUACGAAUCGUGGUCAUCCUGGAGUCAUGCCUUCUCAUCUGUCCUCCAUCUUGGACCUCACUGGUUGUCUUCCUCCUCUUCAUCCCCAACAUUCUUGGUCCAACUCUGUCUCUGCUCUCCACAAACUCUGACAUAUUCAUUCCUGAUCUUGUCCUUUCAAGUCACCACCUCAGUAUCUUCAUCUCUGACUCUUCCAUCUCUGACUCCCGAGUCCUUAAACACUCACAAGUUUCAUUUCAUCGCUUUUCAUUCUCCUCCAUAUUAACUUCAAACUGCUUUUGUGCCUCAAAUCGUUUCUCACUGUUUUUGUCUCUAUCUUGGGUUGUCCUCCCCACCCCUCCCCCCGACAUGACCAACGUAGCCUAAUAAUCAGUGUUUUUUAAAGUUCUUCUUAGUGUUUGACUGUAAACUAUAGAAUUUAUAUUUAUCUAUUUAUUUUCUGGUGGUGUACGUAUCAAUAAUCCUCAGUGUACCAUUGUUUCAGAGUAUCUCGGCUCUGUGAAGGCUUCACGUCUGUCGGGUCCUCUGGGAAAGUGAGCUCUAUGUUGUCUGUUUCGAUGUUUCUAUGUGGUGAAUUACUGGGUCGGGAGCUUCAGGAGAACAGCGAACACACUGGCAGAAAAUGUGACUUUUGUACGCGUGGAUAUAAUCAACUCUGACUUCUCUUUGAUAUCUCGAUAUUGUGGUUACUUACUGUGAAGCCAGCGCCGGCAGGUACUUUUCUUUUGGCCGAAAAACGUCCGGCGACUGACGCCAAACGGUUGGAAGGAAUUUUUAGCGGGAAGAUUCGAAGGACUGACACUUGUGAUACGGAAGCAAUACGAAAAUAUCCUACAGAUGCUCACUGGACAGUAUAAAAGGUAUAUAC